GUCAGUUUGUUGGUGUUCGUCUUGCGAGUCGCAUGUUUUAUACACAGAGAAGUCUCCGUUUGUCUGACGAAGAUACGAAACUGUUCACGACAAUUCCUGCUUACUUACCAAUUUAAUUUCGUAACAUUUAGGCUUUCAAGUGUUUUUAUGACAGUUUUAGAUUGCAAAACUCCAAUAAAGCCAAAUUGAAAUCAAUAUUUUGCAGUUCAAGUUUUAAUGCGCGCCAAUAAUUCAUAAAAACCGCCAGAAAAUUUCUGUAGGAAGCAUUGAAAGGACUACCUGUAUCAUGUCGCGUGCGCACAACCGCCUAGUACAUGUAUCGAUGAAUGUUCGUACCGUCCAGCUGCCAAAACAACAUUGAUUUUUUAUUCGUGGAAAAAGUUCGCAGCAGUCGCUAUCGCACGGAAGCUUAUCCCAUCGCCUACUACUUAAUUAGUUAUUUUUUCCGAGCUCGGCUAACUUUUGUUGAAAUUUUCCGAACAGCUACGUCAAUCUAGUGAUCGGUGCGAGGAAUUUGCGAAGUGUUAGUGAAGGAAAAGUGUAAAACACCCCCACAAAGGCCUACCAACUGGAGUACGGAAUUUUCAUUCUAGGAAAUUAAUUGGUUAAUCUCACGCCUCACCUGCACCAAAGCAGCAAUUGUACAAAAUUGUAACAAUUUGAGAAUGUGUCGCUACGAUUGGCUUGUUUUCUGAAUCAGGAAAAUUGUUUUCCCACGGCUUUCACAACUUUGCACCCGCAGACUGUAGCUAAAAUAUCCAAGUAGACAAAUUUCGAUCGCUAAACUUCGUGUGCUCUGAAUCGGGCCUAUCUUAAGCACAGCACAAGGACAUACGAGAAGAAGCAUUUCCAAUGUCGAGGCUCUUCAUGAAUACGACGUACCUGGACGAAGCGAACGGCAAUACGCUGCUGACCCAUCCCUCGUCUCCAGCGGCAGCACCAACCGUAGACCAAGUGUCGCCUACAACCACAACUACGACGACGCUGGUGGCCAACGAAACCCUAAUCAUUCAAUCACCUUCGAACGAUGACCUCAGCCAGAGCCUUUCCGAGUAUACCGACGCGGACGAAAGCAUCUCGGCACCAACGGAGCUACUCGCCGAGUUCUUGUCCGCGGUGAUGCUACGGGAUUACGUAAAUGCGCUCAAAUAUUGCAAGCUAAUUUUGCAGUACGAGCCCAACAACAGCACGGCGCGUGAUUUCUACCCGCAUAUCCUGUCGAAAAUUGCUUCGGAGGCGAACAACGGAAGCGCUGGCGGAGCAUUGGGAACUGACCAGCAGUCGGGCGAAAGCGACGAGAACUACAAUUUCAACUACAGUACCUCGUCGUCCAAUUCGGACGACAUCAACAUCGACGAGGUGGUGAUGGUUUGCAGCAGCGAGAGCGAACAGUCGUCGAACUGCAGUUCAUAUCUGGAUUACUCGAACAGUAGCAGCGGAGGAAAUAGCAGCAGUGGCGGCGAGUUGGACGAACAAGCGUUGAACCGCAUCAACAGUAACAGUACGGAAUCGGACCAGUUACCCUCGUCGCAGUCCGCAACGGAUAACAACACAUCACAUUCGUACUCGAGUCUUCUGUUGGAAGAGGAGGAGAAGGAUCUGACGCUGUCGGAUAUAUCGAAUCUGAACAUCGAGGAUGAUGAGAAUGAUUCUGGUGAAGGACCCGUUGCAACCGCAUCAUCCACCAAACAGGACUCCCAUCAAUCGCUCGUGACUCAAUCUAUCAAAGCUCAGCCACCAUCCGUCACGGUUUCGGCAACUUCGUCGCCCAAAUCGCAACCCCUGGCAUCGAAGAUUGUGGCCAUGCUGCGUGCCCGAGUCAUACCUUCACGGCAUUACUCGACGAACGAUUAGACAUUACUCACUAUCUCUUUCUCAAUCUCACGUUUCUGUGCAAUCUAUCUUUCGGCAGUCUAGCGUAAGUGUGUAAACGUAGGCACAAAUUUGCUGUAACAAACAAUAUCUCCAGACAGAACUUAGGGCCUUGCUAUAUAUAUUUACAUACAUAUAACUAUAAUUGAAAAUCAGUCCAAAGAAACCCAUAAAACUGUUGUUUAGCGUGUAUUUUAACUUCUAUAUGAUGUAUACUCAAAAACAACCAGAAAUUAUUAUACUCUUGGAAAAUUGGCAGAUAUUUAUUCCCCUUUCUAUACCAAAAGCAGUGAACGAUGUAACAAUCCCUAUCUACGUGGAAUGAUGGACACUGAUGCGCCAGUAGGACAAAUUAGUCGAAUAGCUGCUUAACUUUCACUAGUAGAACACUAUUCCAACCAGAUAAUCAUCACUGGCAUCCAAACCCCAGAUCAUCAUCAAAGGAGAGACCAACUUCUAACGGAGGAUAGAAACCAUUAACAAUUUUAGGUACAUUUACAGGAGAACUAUUAUACUAUACCGUAGAGGACUCGAGGCUGCAAGAAUGAGUGGCGCUGAAAAACGAAAUGACUGAUCAUUUAUCAUUUUUAUGUUCCCCGUAUCGAUUUCUUAGAAGAUGAAGAGUAGUAGAAGGAGCAAUGGAGAGAAGUGCAAAUUCAUGAUCUCGUUGAAGUUCGCAUUCGAUUCUUUGUCAUUCGCACAUAUCUAGGAGAGUGAAUAGCUAUAGUUCCUUAAGGGUGAAAUUUAUUUGACUACGGAGUGAUAGUCCAAAUCAACUACAAGAAGAAAUGAGAUCUCGCAGACACUGCACACAAAAAAAAAACCUUGAAACAAUACGAACCAGAGUGCAAACGAAGCUGAACGAGCAUACAAAACUUAAGUGCGAUUGUUUAACAGAUACAUUCUUGUUUCGGAUUAUGAACAAUAAUUAUUGUAAUGAUUGUAAUCACUGUAUAUCGAAAACUGUGACAUUACCAGAGGUGGAUGAAUUACGCGUCCCCUUGGUUGAAGGAAUACACAAAUGUAAUCUCAUCGUGUGUGUACCAGAAAAUGUAACAAAGUGUGAAAUAAAAACUAAAAACAGCAAAA